GAACAGGGGCGAGGCCCCGGGCGGGCGCCGGGGAAAGUCAGCUCUUGCGAUUCACUUAGCGCGCAGAGCGGCGGAGGCGCGCAGUGAGACCUGGGCUCCCGCGCUCCGACGCCUCCGGCCGCCCGAGGUCUUUCUCGCUCCGACGGCUCCGGCGGCCCGAGGUCCCGCCCCCACCAUGCGGCUGACAAGCGCUGGAAUGUUCCUGCUCCUGUUCAGCGCCCUGCAAGCCACAGAUGUUCAAGAGAAAGAAGUCAGGGCGCUGGUGGGCAGCGACGUGGAGCUCAGCUGCGUUUUCCCCGAAAGACACAGUUUUGAUUUAAAUGACCUUUAUGUGUACUGGCAAACCAGUGUCAUCGGCACACCGAAGACCGUGGUCACCUACUACCUCUCCGGGAACAGCUCCGCGGGCCACGAGGACAACCGCUACAGGGACAGGGCCCGGCUGUCGCUGGAGAGCAUGAAGUGGGGUGACUUCUCUCUCCAUCUGCACAACAUCACCCCCCAGGACGAACAGAGGUUCAACUGCCUGGUGUUUAGGAAAUCCCUGGAGUUAGAAAAGAUUCUGGAUGUUGUGGUGACGUUACACGUGGCAGCCAACUACAGCAUGCCCGUGGUCAGGGCCCCAAGCGGCCCCUCCGAGAACGAGGAGCUGACGUUCACGUGCACGUCCGUGAAUGGCUACCCAAGGCCUAACGUGUACUGGAUCAACAGGACGGACAACAGCCUGCUGAACGAGACCUUGCAGAACAACACGGUCUCCUUGAAUGCGCAGGGCUUGUACGACGUGGUCAGUGUCCUGACGAUCCGGCAGACCCCCAGCGUGAACGUCGGCUGCUGCAUAGAGAACGUGCUCUUGCACCAAAACCUGACGACGAUCAGCACUCAGGCAGAAACGGUCACCGGAACUGAAUAUGGCGUCACCGAGAGCCAAGCCGAUGCCCCGAAGAAACAAGGGGCGGUCCUCAGCGCCCUCAUCGUGCUGGGCGUGGUCGUGGCCGUGGCCGUGGCUACAGGCUGGGUGUGCCGAAGCAGGUGCCCCCCGCGGGAUCCACGCAGGAGCUGGGCUGCAAGGCCAGAGCAGACGUUCUCUUCGACCGUGUCUGAUGAGAACUCACCACCCGGAGCGUGGACAGGGUUUCUGUGAGAUCCCACCAGGAGGGACAGCGGAUGGCAGCUUGGGAAUUGACUCUGGCGGACCUGGUGGCCAAGAGGGGACCAUCUGCCCCCAUCGGUGCCAUUAACAAGGGGGCUUCACGGACACGGGGGCUCUCUGGCCUGGAAGGGACACGUAGGACCGUGCCUGAUCCCAGGGAGAAUGUUCCAGGUGCCGCCCGGAUCCUGGAACGAGGACCUCUCACAAGGGCCAACAGCUCCGAACGCACAUGCCCCCAAGUGAGCAGGCUCCCCGCCUUUGCUGCCAAAUGCAGGAGGAAGGUGCCUCGUGAUGGCUCCUCCCCCCGCCCCAGCCCCCCGGAGCCCACGGAACCCUUCUCAGUCCCAAAAACGCGUGGGGGUUUUGGGGGAUGGGGGCUUUCUGAGACCAGAGGAAGGGUGGCUCUUUUAGGAAGGAGUGAGGCGAGCUGGGUCUCCUCCAGGACCUCCCCUGCCGGCUGGAGGUCACUCAGGGCUGUUGUGAGAGGCACACGUGCGGGGCCCCCUCCCCUCCUGCACCCUGAGCUGCGUGUGCGUGUGUGAGUACGUGUGUCUGUGCGUGUGUGAGUGUGUCCAGAAUGCAGGAACCAGUCAACACUGGAAGGUCCCUGGGAGCUCCUUUUCCUCUGGGAUCUUCACCGGGGAGAAAACCUGACCUUGUUUGUUUUAGUCAAAAGCUGGAUGUCCCUCCUAAAAAGGCACAGUGGAGUUUUUUCGAGAAGACAUUGUGCUGCUGGGGCCAUCGUGACAGAAGCAGGGGAAAGAGCAGAACGCAGAAACUUGCUCAGGCAGGACUGGGGACCCGUGUUUCCAGUGGACACGGGCUUCACUGCGUGGCCAUCGAGGUCCUUCAACUUGGUGCCGUGACGCGCACGGAGGGGGCGCUCUCCCCGCAGAGUGGCAGCCGUUCAAAAUGUGGCACUAAUUCCAUGCCACCCUCCGCACCUGUCACCCCCGGCUUCCCCCGGGACCUGCCCGGCUGCCGUGGAGCCCACGAGGCCCAGCGGGGGACGGGAGAGGCGCGGUGGCCCAAGUCCACCCAGGGGUGUGCGGCCCAUGGCCUCGACCCUCGCCGCGUGGUUUCCAUGUUGUUGCCCCCACUGAAUCUAGCAGCUGACGUUUCUGGAAGGUUCUGCACAGCCGGCUGCCCACUAACCCUGGUGUGCACGCCCCUGGGAAAGACGGUGUCCCGCCCGCGGUCAUUCAGCACUGGUGGCGGGCGUGAUGGCAAAAACAAGGACCAGGCUCAGUGGGAAUGCUGAGCCCAAUCCGUUACAAGAAGUGUUCACUGUCUGUGUUUGUACCCAAAACUCCUUGCCUGGCUGUCACAGCGUGCCGCGGACUGCACCCAGACUUUACCCGAAAGCAUCAGGAGAGGCGUGUUCCCAAAGGGGGACGAGAAGGUCGCCGAUUGGCAUCGGAGCAAAAAGCAGAAGGACCACUUGGGUGCAGGCAGGGGCUGCGGAGCCCGCCUAUGGCCUCGGGCAGGGAUGCUGGCAUAGCCGCCCUCCCCGGGGGCCCCCCGAGUCCAGGCUGAGGGUCCUGCACCUCCUGCAGCCUGCCUGUCCGCAGCAGACCCUGAUCACUGGGCGCCCACCCAGACGGGACGGAACGGGGUCUGUUUCCAGCGCUCCCCUGUCCGAGCGGGCUUCUCCCUGGGGGGGGGCAAAGGGGGCCAGCUGCCCAGACCCCCAGCCACUCUCCCACCACCACCUGUUUGUGGGUCUGCCUGGACCCGGAGCUCCCAAGGGAUGCCAGCAGGACCCCCCCACUCCCUCGGGCCUGGGAGGGUGCACAGUGACCCCUUGCCCUUCGGCCUAGACGUCACUGUCCACUCCUUACACUGCACUGUGAACAGGCCGAAGGCCAGUGUUUUUACAUCUGUUUCUGGAAACCUGAUUUAUAAGAAUAACAAGAUGGAAAGUGG